AUGUGUGUGGACUUGAAUACAGAAUAUUCUGUGACACAAAUCUUUAUACUAUUCUGUGAGAUGAAUGGAGUGACGGUAACCGAAGUGCACAUCAUAUCCAUAAACACCGGAAGAAGUGAUUAUGUAAUACAAGGCGAAAGCGCACAACUUUCGUGUCAUUACAUACUCACCAAACAGGAGGAAAGGGUCCAAUCCGUCAGAUGGGAAAAGGAUGGACAAGACGUAUACUUUUCGACGCCAAACAAGAAAAGGCCGAUAGCUGUGGGUGUCCUCAAAGGGCACGUCGACUACAAUUCAAAAGACUUGUUAAAUACAGUUGUGAUCCUGAAUGUGACGCUUGAUAUGCACGGCACCUAUAGCUGUCACGUCGACUCCGAUAUCAAUACAUCGCAAAACUCGGCUACACUUACUGUCAUUAUCGCUGUCACGUCGACUCCGAUAUCAAUACAUCGCAAAACUCGGCUACACUUACUGUCAUUAUCGGUGAGUGUCUCAGGCGUUCAAACACAACCAUUACAUCCCUGCCGUUCCCCUCCCACUCCCCUCAUAUACACCAGCGCUGAUGAUUUUACGGAUAAAUACUUUGCGGGCGAAGCAUUUGAUGUGAACCAAGAGCUGCCAAACGGCACGUACGAGAUAUCCAUACGGCGCCGAUACCACGUGACCGACUUCAUCAACUAA